CAAUAGAUUAAUUUAUCGGGCUCCCUCAUGCCUACCCCACUAGGCCUUUUAUUUUAGGUUCCACCUUUAAUUUCGCAUAUCGUCAUUAACGUUAAUCUCACAUAUUUUUAGUGGGUGUUUGGCGUGCAAAAGAUCUGCUGGUUUCACAUAGUUAACUUUAUUGAGCAAGAUCAAGAGAAAAUAAAUACUGCUACCUAGUUCACUCCGUACAAAUAAAGUAGCGGGGCAUCGAGGACUGCAGGCCAAUAAAGGAAAAGCAUGGAAGUAGCACAGUUGCAGAAACGAUUUCUGGAGUUGAUAUCAACCGUUUAUCAAGAGGGGUUUUUGGAUGAUCAGUUCGUACAGCUUCAGAAACUGCAAGAUGAGAGCAACCCGGAUUUUGUGGUUGAAGUGGUGUCCCUCUUCUUUGAGGAUUCUGAGAAGCUUCUCAACAAUGUGGCGACUGCCCUUCAACAACCAAUUGUGGAUUUUAAGCAGGUCGAUGCUUAUGUCCACCAAUUCAAGGGUAGCAGUUCUAGCAUAGGUGCACAAAGAGUGAAGAAUGCGUGUGGUGCUUUUAGAAAUUUUUGUGAGGAAAAGAACCUGGAUGGGUGUUUGAAAUGUCUACAACAUGUGAAAAAUGAAUACGCUCUUGUGAAGAGGAAGCUUGAAUAUUUAUUUAUGCUGGAGCAACAAAUAGUGGCAGCUGGUGGCAUGAUACCCGUAAUUCCAUAAGUACCUCCACUUAGCCUACUCGCAAAAAGGGUAAGCUGCGUUGUCAUGUAAUCUGGCCCCCUGGUUAGAGGUUGAUAAAGAAGGUGCCCUGACUGUCAGACAGAGAUAAAUUGCUUCAGAAAUUAGAAAUUCUAUCAGCAAUGGAUUCUGCUUUUUGCCCAAAAAAGGAAAAAAAAAAAAAAAAACUGGAUUCUGCCUUCUAAUGUUCCACUGAAAUUUGGUUUAAGUAAGCUUUUGAUGUUCCAUUUUCCCUUCGUUACACUCAUAUCGUGCAUUGAUUGUUUGAUCACUUGGCUAAGAGUUGCUGAGAGUUUUGUAUAGUGCCAAAUUACUUUUUAUUAAGAAGAUGAUUGGCAUUUUAUUUGGAAAUGAUCAUCCUGUUUGUUCUCUUAGUUUAAGACAGCAUCAAUUUUGAUGGAGGAGAUACACCUUUGCGA